UUUCUACUACAUCAGAAGAAAAAAGGAAAACAAGAUACCACCCUCGUUUCCUCCCCUUUGCAUGUUACUCGUAACGUUACAGUAAGGUUGUGCACCUGCAACUGGGACAGCCAUGGAGAAGAGUGGGAACAUUCAGCUGGAGAUUCCUGACUUCAGUAACUCUGUCCUGAGCCACCUGAAUCAGUUACGCAUGCAGGGUCGCCUCUGUGACAUCGUGGUCAAUGUGCAGGGGCAAGCUUUCCGCGCUCACAAGGUGGUGCUGGCUGCCAGCUCACCCUACUUCCGCGACCACAUGUCCUUGAACGAAAUGAGCACCGUUUCCAUUUCUGUCAUCAAGAACCCUUCUGUUUUCGAGCAGCUCCUUUCCUUUUGUUACACCGGUAGGAUAUGUCUGCAGCUGGCUGACAUCAUCAGUUACCUAACGGCUGCCAGUUUCUUGCAGAUGCAGCACAUCAUAGACAAAUGCACGCAGAUUCUCGAGGGAAUUCAUUUCAAAAUUAACGUGGCAGAGGUGGAAGCAGAAUUGAGCCAGACCAGGACAAAGCAUCAGGAGAGACCACCAGAGUCUCACCGGGUGACGCCAAAUCUAAACCGUUCUCUGAGCCCACGUCACAAUACCCCGAAGGGGAGUCGCCUGGGCCAGGUUAGCACAGUACUGGACAUUCGGGAGCUCAGCCCACCUGAGGAGUCCACCAGCCCCCAGAUAAUUGAGCAGAGUUCAGACGUGGAAAGCAGGGAGCCCAUACUACGGAUUAACAGAGCGGGACAGUGGUACGUUGAGACAGGAAUGGGAGACCGUGGGGGACGGAACGACGACGAUGUCCGGGUGCUGGGAGGAGUACGCAUUAAAACGGAGAACCUGGAGGAGUGGCUCGGGGCAGAGCAUCAGCCGUCGGGAGAGGAUGGGAGCAGCGCUGAGGAGGUCACUGCUAUGGUGAUCGACACCACAGGCCACGGAUCGAUGGGCCAAGAAGCUUACGCCUUAGGGUCCUCCGGGGCCAAAGUGGUCAGGCCAACCAGCAGUGAGAUUGACAGAUUUAGCCCUUCUGGCAGCAUGGUUGCUGUGACUGAGCGGUACAGAUCAAAAAGCGAGUCUCCCGGGCGGAUGGAUGAGCCCAAGCAGCCCAGUUCCCAGGGGGAGGAAUCGGCUAUGCUCGGAGUGAGCGGUUAUGUGGAAUAUCUCCGGGAGCAGGAGGUUUCAGAGCGCUGGUUCCGGUACAACCCACGGCUCACUUGUAUUUACUGCGCCAAAUCCUUCAACCAGAAAGGCAGCCUGGACCGGCACAUGCGUCUCCACAUGGGCAUCACGCCUUUUGUCUGCCGCAUGUGUGGGAAGAAGUACACCCGCAAGGAUCAGCUGGAGUAUCACAUCCGCAAGCACACAGGCAACAAGCCCUUUCAUUGCCAUGUCUGUGGCAAAAGCUUCCCUUUCCAGGCCAUCCUCAACCAGCACUUUCGCAAGAACCACCCUGGCUGUAUGCCUCUGGAGGGGCCUCACAGCAUCUCCCCCGAAACCACCGUCACGUCUCGGGGGCAGGCGGAGGAAGAAUCUCCUCCGCAGGAGGAGGCUGUCGCUGUGGGGGAGACGGCACAGGGAUCUGUGUCCACGACUGGACCAGAUUGAAACACGGCUACAGAGUCUGGGGAGAAAGGACCGUCUUCCCGUUCUUGGCUCUAAAGAGUCAGCACCAACCUGGCAGGCUGGUACUGUAAUUAGUGCAAUGCCACCACUGGACAGAAAGAAGCUCCCAAGAUGUUGCCAAAAUAGAAAUCUCUCUCUCUCUCCC